CCUCUGGCCAAGGUUCUCUCCUGCUGCAACAGUACUGCUCAAACAACUGAAAUGCAAAAAUGCUAUUCUGAAGUUCCCUUCACCUGGGUCUUUGACAUAUUUGGAGCAGGGGGCAGUUGUCUCUUCAAGUAGCAGCUGCAGUACAGAUACUUCAAACAAAAUUAUGGAACGUCAAAGUCAGAAUUUAAAGACAACACUGUUGUUAUCUUUAGGAAGAUUUCACAUUUCUGAAGAUUAUGGGUUUCUUCUUCCAAAUCCUCUGAAAAAGCUUCCAGAUCAUUAUAGACCUUGGAUGGAAAUUGCCGACAAACUUUCUCACCUGAUUGAGAGUCACCAGCUUCGAGCUCACGUGAACAAGAUGCCCCUUCUCAACUGCGAGUUCCUCAAGAGUCAUCGGGAACAGCGCCUGGCCCACAUGAUCCUGAGCUUUGUUACCAUGGGGUAUGUCUGGCAGGAAGGAGAGAUACAGCCUGAACAGGUUCUGCCCAGAAAUCUUGCCCUUCCCUUUGUGGAAGUCUCCAGGAAGUUGGGACUCCCUCCUAUCCUGGUCCACGCAGACUUGGUGUUGACAAACUGGACCACAAAAGACCCUGAAAGGCUCCUGGAUAUCAGGAACCUGGACAUCAUUCUCUCUUUUCCUGGGGGAGAAAGUCUGCGUGGUUUUAUACUAGUCACUGUUUUGGUGGAGAAGGCAGCAGUACCUGGGAUUAAGGCACUUGUUCAAGGAGUGAAUGCCAUCCUGCAGGCCAGCCAGGACUCCCUGCUCCAAGCCCUGGAGCAACUGAGACUCUCCAUUCAGGACAUCACCAGAACCUUAGGACAAAUGCACAAUUAUGUAGAUCCAGACAUAUUUUAUGCAGUCAUCCGGAUCUUUCUCUCUGGAUGGAAAGGUAACCCAGCGAUGCCCAUGGGGUUGAUAUACGAAGGGGUCUCCUCAGAGCCCCUGAAAUACUCCGGAGGCAGUGCGGCUCAGAGCACGGUGCUUCAUGCCUUUGACGAGUUCCUGGGCGUUCGUCACAGCAAGGAAAGUGAUGACUUUCUGCUCAGCAUGAGGGAGUACAUGCCCCCUUCUCACAAGGCCUUCUUAGAAGAGUUGCAGGCGGCUCCUUCACUGAGGCAUCAUGUCCUGUCCUCUGGAAACGGCCAGCUGCUGACUGCGUAUAACUGGUGUGUGGAGGCCCUGGCCGAGCUGCGCAGCUACCACGUAACUGUGGUGACCAAAUACCUGGUCACAGCUGCAGCCAAAGCAAAGAGCAAGAAACCAAGCCGUCUCCCAGAGCCGCCUCGGGCCUUAGAAGAGAGGGGCACAGGAGGAACUGCUGUCCUGAGCUUCCUGAAGAGCGUCAGGAACAAGACUUUGGAGGCCAUCCUUCCACAACGCGGUUGAGGGAUGGCUUCCCUCCAGUGAUGCAGAACCAGCAAAUGUCCCACUGGAGGGCAGAUGGGCCUGAAGAAUGAUGGUUCGUGUUCUGUUGGAAUAACACAAAAUUGACCUCAGUCCUGAGAACAUUGGCUUCUCCUUCACUGAGACCUGUUGGUCUUCACAGAGAUUUUUCAUGGCCAGAAAUUCUCCUUUCUCUGCCUGAUCACUGGUUAAUCACAAACAGCUUUGGACAAUCCAUCAGUAAGAAACGCACGGAGGAGCAAGAGGAUCCCUAUUCUGUCUGCGAAGUGAGGGAAAACCAAUGCAAAUUUCAGAAACCAAAUAAUAUUGCCCAUGGACAGAUCACCUUGUCAAUAGCUUGAAAAAACAAAUUAAAUAUUCAUGCAUUUGUUCACUUAAAAUGUAUUAAGUUCCCACUGAGUACUGGCUUAGGAACCCGAACAGCGAUUUUUGUGGCCCCAGGGCAAUCCUCGUCUCCCUGUGGGUGCUGAUCGAGUGGCGGGUAGUUGGAAUGCUCCGGUGGAAAUGUGGAGAAAAGGGGAGACUAACAACAAGACUUGGAAGUCGCCAGUAUGGAAAUGACUGGUUAAUGACAUGGGAACGGAUGAGACUCUUCCACAUGGUUCAUAAAUUUUCAGUUCUAUUUUAGUUUCCUUCUUUAUUUUUAGAAGAACAGUUCAUUCUCCUUUCACUGAAAGUUUGCAUUUGUAAAAUGAAUUAAUUGACCCUUUGGAAGUAAAUGGGCGAAGUGGGAAUAAACAGUAAAUCUACAUGUUUACAAGGUCUCGUUCCAUCUGACAGCACAGAGCUAGAAAGCUUUAAUCGGUUCUCUUAGGCUAAACUCCACUGACGAAGACUUGCUCCCCACCAUGCACACACACGCAUAUCUGGGAUAGUAUCGAAAUUCCACAGCACUGGUGUAGCAUGGCAGCAUCACGAAGAGGUACCUGAUCACGAGGAGCAGCUUGUCCCCAAAUUAGUGUCUGACAAACAGUCCCCUCCUCUAUAUAUUGUAAAGACUGGUCAAAUGGAGCUUGCAGUAUGUCUUAUCCUGUCUAAGUGACCUUCCAGAUUUUCAGAGAUCUUUCAGCGACCUCUCAGCCCUCAAGAUCCUACCCUGCCACUUUGAAAACCACUGGACUACGCCCCCCCACCCCCCCACAGAGAGUACUGGGAGAUGACUCAGAGAGUCUGCCCAGCACUCACUCAACUGUUCUCACUCUAGAAUCAUGGGGUGUGUGGGCGAAGGCGGGGACUUCUGAACUCUUGUCAACUCUCAGGGCCCUUGGUAAGAAGUCAUGAACCAGUGUCUUCCACUUGGGGUACCAGGAGGGCUCGCAUUGCCUUGGACCCUUCAAGGGCUUGGUCUGGCCAAAAUGGGGGAUGUAGACCAUGACAGAGGCAAGACUUUCUAGUCUGGAUGGGCCAAAGGAAAACCCUGGCUCUGACAAUGUCCUCUUUGCCUUUUGUUUAAGUCAAGAUCUCAGCUCAAAGACCUAGGCUGUGAUAACUUGAAAAGUCUUUCUAUGUGCUCUCUCUGUUUUGUGGUGAAGUCUGUUAUGAAACUCAGAAAAUGAGCAUGGAUGUGCUUACUUCUCCUGAGUUUGCUUUUCUAACUGCCCUAGCUUGGUAUCAGUAAACCUGGACCAUCUUAACUGCUCUGGCCAGGUAUAUGCGAUGAUCCAAGGAGCUAGGCCAAGUGGACUCUGUUGGGGAGUAAGGUAGAAGCGCAAUGACUGAUGACUCAAAACAUUGUCCCUUCUCGAUAUCAUAGGCAAAAAUAAUGAGGCCUUUAAAAUAAAACCUGUGUUUGAAUUUUGAUGCCUUCAUUUAUUAAAACAAUGUGGCUUUUGACCAACUUUAGAAAAUCAUGAAUCUUCAGCUUCCUAUUUAUCAUGAAAUCAAGAUAAUCAGACUGGUCUUAGGGUGGAUGUAAGUAACAGAAAGGGUAGUUCUUGGUAAGAAGGGUAAAGCCAACAAAUACUUACUUGGCUGUAAGGUGCAGCUCAGAGCAUUAAAAAAAGGACACUAUUUCUCAUGUUUCUUGGACUUACAGAGCCUGCAUAGUAAUAAACAACCAUUUAUCAUUUAUCCUUUGUGGAUUCUGGAAAGUAGCAAAUGACAAAAGUAUGGAAUUAAAGAGCUGAAGAAUCUGGAUUUGUAUUCCAGCUUUGUCCCAUUUUAUAAUGACAAGUUGUUUAAUCGUUCAGAGCCACAGUUUACUCAGUUGUAGAAGAAGGAACAUUGUAAUAGUGCAUGGGGCAAGAAUGUCUAGAGUCGGUAGUGAGACAGUGGUUAUUAUGCUUUUAUUCU